AGAUAAACACCUGCUCGUACAGAUCAUCCUGAGCCAGAGUAGACGGGAACUGCUUUAAUACAACAAAUAUUUGGACCAGGAUUCGAUCCAAGACAGGGAAUUUGGACUCAAAAUGUCAGCCCUGAAAGGCAAGGGAAAAGAAUAUCUCACUGUGAAGGAUUUGCAGAAGGUUUUGGACUCGUGCAAACUGCAACUUAAUCAAAUCGACGAGGUCUGGCCAAACAUAUACAUAGGGAAUGUGGCAGUAGCCCAAAACAAGGCAGCCUUGCUGAAAUUAGGUAUAACUCAUGUAUUAAACGCUGCUCACUCCAAGCGAGGCAGCAUAGGGAACCAAAGCUUUUAUGGCAACGACUUUGUGUAUUGUGGCAUUCCAGCAGAUGACUCGACACACUUUGAUCUGGAUGUUUACUUCCAGCCUGCAGCUGAUUUCAUUCAUAAAGCUCUGAAGUCACCUGAUGGAAAGGUUCUGGUGCACUGCAUCAUGGGAAUGAGCCGGUCAUCGACAUUGGUGUUAGCGUACCUCAUGAUCUACUGUCACCUCCCGCUCAAACGGGCUUUGCAGAAAUUGAUCCAGAAGAGAGCCAUCUACCCCAACAGGAAUUUCCUGGCUUUGCUGCUGGAUCUGGAUCUACAGCUGACCAGAAAAAAGAGGACAUGUCAGAUCCUGUAACCAAGAGAAGACGUUUACACAUUUUAGCCGCACAGCCGCGUGGUUGUUUGAGAUGGUGAUGCCGGUCAGCCCAUUCGUCCAACAGUAUACUAAAAUAUUUCUAAUUUAGUUCCACCUCCUCAUGGAACCACUAACUAGACUUUCUUUUUUAUGUUUUUGGAGGUAGUGAUGUUAAAAACAAAGAAUGUCUUAACAAAAAGACAGUUUGGUUGCAGAACAAUUUAAACUAGAUGUAAUGUGAAUUGAAAACGGAGACAAGAACGCUAAUGGCAUUGAGAUUUUAUGACUUUGUCUUGAAUUCUGUCUUUACCUCUCAGAUGGCUUUUUCUUCAGCACCUCAGUUUGUAUCACAGCGCAAUGGACCAAAUGUCUUAUGGAAAAUGUUUUACAAAGCAUCAAGUUUCAGCAAACACUGUAGAUGACUCAGAAAAGGUAGAAAAUGUUUCUGCAAGUGAACAUUCAGAUUCAAAAUGGGAAUCAAUCUGCAGCAUCUGUCUCUUUAAUAAGACCAACCCAUCAGUGCUCACAGUAUAAAAUUCCUUUGCUGUGUUCGUCAAGCUAGUUGAACUGGUUGCUGUACAUCAAAAGGUUUUAGGCCUUUUGAUUGUUCCCGACAUUAUCUGUAGAAACAUUAGGAAUGUUUACACACAAGCAUCUACUUUAUAGUAGCAAUUUGACAGCAAUGAUUUUUACCUGUUAUAAAUGAUUACUCCUUGACCUCACUAUAUCAAACACAGCUAGCGCACAUACAUGCACACAAACACACAUUGGUAUUUUCACUGGUAUCAACAUUCAAAUGAACGGCUCAUUACAAAUAAGCCCUCCAAUUAUUACGCUAGAGAAACAGCAGGAUGUGAAACACUGCACCGAAUGAUGUGAUGUGAUUUGUAUUUCUCUGCAUUGUAGAAGUUCAGCUUCAGUUUUUGGAUUUCUUCUGUGGAUG